GCACUUGCAACUUCGGCUCGGGUACGAGGGGUACAGGGUGCGACGUGGAUGGUGCGCCAGACUGCGGGUCGUGUGAUAGCGGCUACCACGAGGAAGCAGUCCCCACCACAGGCACUAGCAUCUGUGUGCUCAAUCUCUGCACCUGCGGAACCGGGACGCCAGCCUCGGGGCCAGAGUGCCCGACGCACAACACCGAGGUGUGUACCGACUGCAGUCAUGCUGACUACUACACGACCUCCAACGCCAGUGGGUCCGCGGAAUGCAAGCUGCGCAUGUGCGAAUGUGACCACGGGCUGCCAAAGACGGGCGCUGGGUGCGAUGAAGACGGGACGACGCAGAACUGCACGGCGUGCACUGCGGCGGGGUAUCACCUCGACCAAAGCACGCCCUCGUGGUCGUGCGCCCCCAACCAGUGCAGCUGCCCGAGCGGCACGCCGGCCACGGGCGCGAACUGCACCACACACGGCGCGGUCAUCUGCAGUGGCUGCGACGCCGGGCACCGCCCGUCCGCGAGCAACACCUGUAUCCAGAACGAGUGUAAGUGCACGAAUGGCGACGCGGUUGACCCGGGCGACCCGAGUUGUGUGGAGCACAACAAGCAAGUAUGCAAGUCCUGCGAAACCUUGGAGGGUUUCCACCUCGACACCGACAGCCAGCUGUGCAAGCCAAACGUCUGCUCGUGCAGCGGGGGCGUGCCCGCGGUCGGUGCGGAGUGCACUGCAAACGAUACAGAGAUUUGUGCCUCCUGCAAUGACCCGGGUGUUAGCGUGAAUGACACAUCUAAAGCCUGCGAGCACAACACAUGCGUUUGCACCAACGGCACGGCCUCGACGGGAGGGGCGUGCACUGCAAAUGGCGAGCACACGUGCGCCUCGUGUGACCAUGACGGGCUUCAUGUGGACGCAGUCACGAAGCAGUGUGUGCAGAACUUCUGCACGUGCCAAAACGGAGAGGCGGCCGUUGGCGAAGCCUGUACGCAGGACGGCGGCGAGAACUGCGCCUUGUGCGACACAAGCUCUGGCUUCGCACCAGCAGGCAUCUUCGGCGUUUCUCCUUCCUCAGGUUCUGGGACCACGGAUGUUCAGAUCUGCUGGCCUACGUGUGCGCUGGUGGAACACGACUGCAGCGGGAGAACGGAAGGGCGGCGGGACCUGGUUCCGCCGGAGAAACUUGGCAACUUUUGCGUGGACCCGUCCACCAUCGCCGUGCCGCCCACGGGGCCGUUUGUGUUGACCUACGUUCCUGGCCGCACGGUGUGCGACGCCGUGUGUUGCGAAACGAACACGACAACCACCACGACGACCACCAAUCCCAACGUGUCGCCUGUCCUUGGGCAGCCUGGGGCGCUGAUGACCUGUCCCGACUGCAAGACGGGCGAUUACGUCAGUAGUACCUCCUCGUCAUUCUUGCAGGAGCUGCACUUGCAGCCAAUGCACUCGCGGAUCUUCGACUGUUACGACACCUGCGGC